AUGACACCCGCCCUCUUCGCCUUCGGCUCAAACGGCUCCGGCCAGCUGGGCAUCGGGCACGACGCGGACGUGUCCGUGCCGACGAGAUGUAUUUUCGAGGAACAUGGUGAUUCUGGGAAUACGGUGUCCGAGUCAACGGUAGCAAGUGCCCGUACCGUCUCGCGCAUCGUCGCGGGCGGAAACCAUACUCUUGUCUUGCUGACAGACGGACGGGUGUAUGGUGCCGGAUGGGGCGAGUCGGUGUUCAAGCGUGUUAUUAUCACGGAUUCUGAGACGGGAUCUCGGGUUGGGGUUUUCAAGGGUGUGGCGGCGACGUGGGAGGGGAGUGUUUUGGUUGCUUCUGCGUCUGCGUCUGCUUCUGCUUCUGCCUCUGUUUCUGCUUCUGCUUCUGCUUCUGCUUCUGCUUCUGCCUCUGUUUCUGGCGCUGGCGCUGGCGCUGAGGCUGAGGCUGAGGCUGAGGCUAGUGAGAACCAAGAUGGCGACAGCGACAGUGACGGCGACGUGGUCUUUGUGCUUGGAUCCGGCGCAAAGGGCGAACUUGGGCUCGGUCCUGGCGUGACGCAGGUGCCGCGGACUGGGGUCCGGAUCCCCGAUUUCCCGCCGCCGGGCGUGAAGAUUGUUUCUGUUGCGGGCGCGAUGGGCCACGUCGUUGCCGUUUGCUCGGAUGGAUCCGUGUACGGAUGGGGUGCGUCGAGGAAGGGGCAGCUCGGUGCUGGACUAGCGAGCGAGAAGGUCGUUUGGACGCCGACGCGGAUCGAUCUGGGGAGGAUGGGUGUGGACUUCGCUGUCUCUGACGCUGUCUGCGGGCGGGAGUUUACGGUUCUAUGCGGCGAUCAGGAGAGGGGGGAAUUUGUUGUUCUGGGCCCUGGCUCUGGUUCUGGCUCUGGUUCUCUAGUCGACAGGGACAGGGACAGGGACAGGUGGGGGAUUACGACAGGGAUUCCCGCUUCUGAAGAUGUUAGGGAUUACUUGCGUGUGCAUGCUAGCUGGCACGGUGUCUAUGUACAUCAGAACGACCGGUCUAUUCUGGCCUGGGGACGGGAUGACCGUGGGCAGUUGCCGCCUGGUGAUUUGGGGAGGGUUAGAGAGGUGGCGGUGGGAAGUGAGCAUUGUCUUGCGCUGCUGGAUGAUGGCUGUGGGCACGGGGGCAGCGUCGUGGCGUUUGGAUGGGGCGAGCAUGGCAAUUGCGGGCCUGAGACGGAUGCGCGGGGUGAUGUUAAGGGUGUGUCCGCGAGAAUUCCGCUUCCUGAAAGCGUUCAGGUCGUUGGGGUUGGCGCGGGGUGUGCGACGAGUUGGAUUAUUGCUUCUUGA